CCCAGCCCCAGCAGGAUGAGGAGGCAGCUCUCCGGCACGACGGAUGUCACCUUCCUGGACAGGUGGAACACUGAAGGGAAGGAAGAAUGUGAGCAUCAGCCAAAUGGGCACCCUGGGUCCACCGACUGUAUGUGAGCAGAACAACUCCCAGCUAGUUGGCUCACUUGGCUGCCCUUCUACCACCACAAAGCCCAGUCCCUAAAGCUCUUAAUGAGGUGCUUGUGCCAAUCACCCCACCAGGAAGAAGGCUGUGCUGUGGUCUGACAUCAACCUCAGGACAUUGGGCUCCUUCCCUCCCUGGGAACUCCAUAGAUGGACCGCAGCUCUACCCAGCCCAGGGUCUUUCCACUAAUGGUGUAAACCUUGAGAGAAGCUCAGAAACUGGCUUCCGUGUCUCUACUGCACAUGCCUGUCUGCUCUGAGCCUGUCCCAGAUCAGCAUUUCAGGGCCUCCACCUCCCAGACCACUGCCAUAUAAGCCAAGCAGUUGGGCAUUUUGCUUUUUUAGCGCUGCAAGCAGUGCUGGCUGCUUUUCAAGUGAGGCAUCCUGGUCACAGGAACACAGUAUACCCCACACAGGGAUGGAGACGCUCAGCCCUGGUGAUGGGUGACCUUGUUUGCAGCUGUCUGAGCAUGCAGGUGGAGCAGCAUGCAAACACUGCAGCGCGUCGGCCAGAGUGCUGGCUGACCUACCUGCAUGCAAACAUCAAGUAUGCGAGAGCUGCGGAUGAAGGGAUGCUUGCAAGAAUCAGUUUAUUCCAGCAAGCCAUGAAAGAGGAUCUAUUUAAUGGAGCAAGCUGAUCACACCCUCAUAUUCAUAUAUUAGCCCUGUGGCAAGGAGCCUGAUGGCACAAGGCCACAUCAUGCCAGCCAGCAGUGGGGACAUGCUCCCCGUGGCAGCCUUGUCCCCAUGUAAACCCAAAUCAUUGCAGCCUCUUGGCAAAAUCAGCAGGGCAACCCACAGAUUCCUUUGUAUUCCUCCUGCCUCCCACCACUGAGGUCCUGCAGUCAUCACUGGUGACAUCCCGGAUCUGUGGCACAACUUGGCCAUCAGGUGAAGGCAUCGUAGGAUCAUUAAGAAAAGAGCUCUCAGAUCCCCAACCCCAGCCCACCCCCACCGUGCCCACUGUCCACGUCCCUCAGUGCCACAUCCCCACAGCUCUGGGACACCUCCAGGGAUGGAGACUCCCCCACCUCCCUGGGAGCUGUGCCACCGCAUCAAUGCUCUUUGGGAGAGUAAAUUAUUCUUAAUAUCCAACCUGAACCUCAUCUGGUGCAACUCAAAGCCAUUAUCAGGAACCAGCUGGCACCUCAUCCUCAAGUAAAGGGACAUCACAGCCUCCAGACCAUCACUUGGCUGCCCUGCCACCACCCCAAACCUCAGUCCUGAAUGUUCUGGGUGAGAGGAGCCUGUUGCUUGUGCCAGUCACCCCACCAGAAGGAAGGCUACACUGAUCAAAGAAGUUCACAGCAUCGAUGGGAGAAGCCCUGGAUGCACAGCCAGGGAAUGCUGCUGGCUUUGUUGCUCUGCACAGUGCCGCCCUCACAGCAAAUCCCAGCACACGAGCUGCUCUGCAGCAGGGACGGGUGGCAAGAGCUCUAAUUUUACACCCGCUAGGCAAGAAUUUCAGCAUUAACGUUCCCACAGCAACAGUAACUCAGCCACAUGUGAAUUAACUUCAGAGGCAUCAUCUCUGCUCCAGACAUCCCCAGCACGGGAUGUACCAUCGGGAGGACUUGAGGACAAACCCUGCUCCCCCCUCCCCAUGGGGCUCGGGGUCAAUCAUGGAAUCAUUAAGGCUGGAAAAGAAAGCUAAGAUCAUCAAGUCCAACCACUGACCCAUCAGCACCAUGCCCACUAAUUGUGCCCCAGCAGGAUCGGAGACACCAAAACCAAUCAGCGCUGGGAGCAGUGGGGUCAGGGUUGGAUGCAAAGGGAGAAGGUUGGGACCCACAGUCCCCUCCCUGCAGUGUGGGUGAGGGGAGGCUGUGGGGCAAUGCUCAUCACUUCUCCUUUCCCUCUUCCCCACAGCAAACAGCAGGAAAGGCAGCAGAGCCUGGAUAAUGCCUCGCUAUGCAGGAAGCCAACACUCAGCCCGGUUUCCUCCGCCUCAGGCAUUUGCCUGCUGCUUGCUUGGGGCACCCCAGCACUGUGAUGGUUUCCAAGAACAAGAGCCUACAGUUUCACUUCCCCAUCAUACAGCGCUGAGGACGCUUCCGCCCCUGCAGUCACAGGGCUGAGAGCUGGCAGCAGCAUUUCUGCACCAGUCCGCGCCCAGCACCCAGCACCCAGCAUGGCCACCCCCCCCUUGGAGACCCUCUGAUCCUGUCCCCAUCUCUUCCCAUGCCCUUGGGCACCCUGGGCACAGCAGUGCCAGGGCUAGAAGCAGGGGUAGGAUGCGUCCCCAGGCCAUGGGAAGGCUGACUGCUGUCACAUCACUGCCACCAAGCACCAAGCUGUGCCCACUGAGGUGGCACACGGUGGCUUCUCUCACCCCGCAACCAAACGUGGGGUGGGAAAGGGAAUGCACCAAGGGAAACCCAAAUAGAUGAGCUGCCUGAGAAUGAGGCAUGGAGCCAGAGCUCCCGUCUCCAUGCUGCACUCGGCAGCUGGAGGUGGCACAGCUGCAGGCAGAGGGCUCGAUGCCUCAGCUCAUGAUUUAUUCCUUGCAGAGGUUGAGCUGCAAGAAGGCCGAGGGAGGAUGGAGCGUGAGGUGCACAGCCGUGGGCUGGGUGAUGCUGGAGCAGGAGGAGGGCGGCUGACAGUGACAGCAACACCCUGCCCUGGGUGUUAAUGCAUCCCCACUCCCCCAGCAGCACUUUGAGGAGGACACCCUCUUCAAGGUCACUGUCACACCUCCUGGGUGCCCGCUUUGUGCCACGUGGCUCCGGUGUGACCCACCAGAGGUGACCACCCAGCGCCGCUCCCAACCCUGACAGCAGCACACGCACCCCUGCAGCUCACCCCAUGGGCUGUCCCCUGUGUGCCCACCCUGGGGGGCCAACAACGUGUCUCCUGGGUGCCACCAGCCAGGCUCUGCUCUGUCACCGCUCAUCACACCCUCAUGGCGAAGAAUGGUGCCCCUCUCCGUGGGCCACCGAGCGCCGUACCGUCACCUCCGGGGUGACGCCGGACCGCCCCUCACCCCGGUGUCAGCCCACCCCCCAGCUGUCACCGCUGCCCAUCCCGUGGCCGCGUCACCCGCGGAGCCCCCCGUCCCGGCGGCACUCACCGAUCUUGGCCAGGCUGGCCACCAGGAUCCAGGCGGCCACCAGGCACGGCACCUGCACCUCCUGCCACUGCCACCGCAGCAGCUCGGCUCCCGCCGGAGGAACGGCGGCGGGGCCGGGGGAGGCCGGGGUGCCGCUGCCCGGGGGAUGCAUGGCCCCGCACCUCCGCCGCUCCGCAGCUCCGCCGGCCCCGCCGCGACGUCACCGGCAACGGCGGGGGCAGAGCCCGGCCCGCCCCGCAGCGCCCGCCCCGCCCCGGAGCUGCUCCAUCCGCCCCGGUCCCCGGUUCUGCACAGGUCCCAGCGAUGUCCAGGUGUCACCACCACCUGCCUCGGUGCCGCCCCCCGCAGCCUCCUCGAUCCCCAGUGCUGCCCGAUGCCACCCCCACCUGGCCUGAUGCCAUCCCCGCCCUCCCCGGUCUCCAGUCCUGCCGGGAUGCCACCUUUAUUGCCCCAGUCUCCCACACUGCCCCAGUGUCACUUCAUCUGCCCUAGAACCCAAUGUUGCCACGGUGUCACCUCUGCAAUCCCACCUGCCCUGGUCCCAGCAUCACCCCCAUGUCACCUCCUGGUCCCCAGCACUGCCCCGCUCACCCCAAGCAGCACCUCCAUGCCACCUCAGGCUCUGGUCCCUCUGCACGUGCCCCAAAGCCUCCCGCCCCUCAGUGGUCUCCUUGCACCUGCCUUGGUCCCUCCUUCACCACCCCGAUGUCCCCUUCAUCACCCUUGCUAUCCCCUCCAUCCCCCUGCUGUCCCCUCCAUCAUCUUCUGUGGCCCCAUCACUUGCUGUCUCCUCCAUCACCUGCUGUCUCCUCCAUCCCUUGCUGUCCCCUCCAUCCCCCUGCUGUUCCUCCAUCACCUACUACCCCUUCAUCAUCUGCUGUACCUCCAUCAAAUACUUUCCCGUCAUCACCCACUGUCCCUCCAUCCCCCUGCUGUCCUCUCCAUCCGCCUGCUGCACCAUCGCCUGCUGUCAGGUGAUCACCAUCGCUAUCCCUCCAUCACUUGCUAUCUCCACCAUCACCUGCUGUCCCCCUGCUGUCACCCCCGAGGGACCACCCCUGCACACUCCACGCACGCAGGACACCCAGAGCAUCCCCGUGCACCUGGAGCCCCUCAGUGCCUUCGGAGCAUCCCUACGCUCCCUCGCCCCCCGCACCCCAUCCCCUCCCCCCGCCCCCUUUUAACCUUUUGGAGCCUCCCGAGCAAAGCCCCGCUUACACCCGCGGAGGGCGCCCGAGCGCGGGGCGGUGCCGGCUCGGUGCCGGGGCGGUGCCGGGGGCUGUCCCGGUGCCACCCCCUGGAGCUCCGGUCGCUGUGCGGCGGCGGUGGCGGUGCCGCCAUGGCGGAGACUACGGUCCCGUGCCGGGUGCAAUACCUGGAAGACUCCGAUCCUUUCGGUUGCGGCAGUUUUCCGGAGCCCCGACGUGCGCCUGUUUACGCCGUGGAGGAAGCUCUGGCCCUGGGAGCGCAGCUGCCCGCGGUGCACCGGCUGCUGGGAGCGCCGCUGCCGCUGGAGGACUGCACGCUGCAGGUUUCCCCAUCCGGCCACUACUUGGACCUGGAGCUGUCCCUGCUGGAGCAGAAGGAUGACCUGGAUGCUUUCUACGAGGAGGUCAGGAAGGGCCGGCGGCCAACGCUGAUCCUGCGCACGCAGCUCUCCGUCCGUGUCCAUGCCAUCAUUGAGAAGCUGUACAACUCGCAGGGCCCGGAGCUGCGGCGCUCCCUCUUCUCCCUCAAGCAGCUCUUCCAGGAAGACAAGGACCUGGUGCCAGAGUUUGUGAACCUGGAUGGGCUGACGUGCCUGAUCAACGUGGGGGCAGAGGCGGACCAGAACUACCAGAACUACAUCCUCCGUGCCUUAAGCCAGAUCAUGCUCUUCGUGGAUGGGAUGCAGGGUGUCAUCAACCACAAUGAGACCAUCCAGUGGCUGUACACGUUGUCGGGAAGCCCGUUUCGCCUGGUGGUGAAGAUGGCCCUGAAGCUGCUGCUGGUCUUCGUGGAGUACACAGAGCCCAAUGCCCUGCUCCUCAUCCGCGCUGUCAAUGCUGUGGAUCAGGCAAGAGGUGCAUGCCCAUGGUCCAACCUGAUGGCCAUCCUUGAGCAGCGCAAUGGGGCUGACACGGAGCUGCUGGUGUUCGCCAUGACAUUGAUCAACAAGACGCUGGCUGCCCUCCCAGACCAAGACUCGUUCUACGACGUGACGGACUGCCUGGAGCAGCAGGGCAUGGAGAGGGUCGUGCAGCAAUAUUUAAGCAGCAAGGGCACUGACCUCGACCUGAAGCAGCAAUUUGUCCUCUAUGAAAGCGCACUGCGGCUGGAGGAUGGCGUGGAGGAGCCACCAGCAGGCGGGCGCAAGGAGCGCAGGAAGACAGACGAGGGGCGGCGUGGGUGGAGGGCACAGGGGGGCUGUGCUGAGCUCAACCCUCUGCAGAGCCCAGAGAGACCCGGAUCCCCACCAAAUGAGACCCCCAGCACUCCAAAGGAGCCCCCUAUUGAGGACAGCCCCGAGCUGAGCAUCCCAGUGGAGCCCUGCCCCAAGAGUGUCUUCAGCAGCGCGUCCAGCCUGCGGCUCAGCCUGCCCAGCCCCCCAGCUGAGAAGGAGCCCCCCAGCAUGGGGGAGAGGAGCAUCUACAAAGCUCGCUUCUUGGAGAACCUGGCUGCUGCCCAGAAGGAGAAGAUGUCUGCCAUGGCCAAGGGACGGAUUGACAUCCUCAGUGAUGUUGCACCACUGGAGCAUCCCAUCGCUUGGGAUGGGGACAGCAGCAACCCUGAUUCUGGCACAGAACCACCCCGCAUGAGGUCCCACGUCUCCGACUCCUGCAGCACCAUCUCCUCUGAUACCAAAUUCAUGCUGGACAUGCUCUAUGCCAAGGGAUCCUCGGAGCCAGGGAGGCAGAAAGUCUUCCCCGAGGAGCCAUCAUUGUCCCCACACCAAGGAGAGGUGGAGACGGACGCAGGGUCUUCUAUCUGUGCCGAGGGACCUGGUGGUCAGGAACAAGAAAGUGCCUGGCCCCACGGCAGGGCUCCAGAUGGGCUGGUGGCUAGUGCCCACGCCAAGCUGGCACGUGCUGCAUCCAGCAUCGACGCCGAGAGCCACACGCAGAAGCUGGAGAACUCCGUCACGAUGCCCGUCAAGAACGACGUGGAGUUGUCAUGGGAGCGCCUGGAGGCUGGCCCCGUGCAACUGAAAAUCAAGGACUUGGACUUCACUGACCUGGGGGAGGAGGAGGACUUGGACGUCUUGGACUCAAGGCCCGUUGCCAAUGGCUCUUUCCUUCCUGCCAGCAUCGAGGCGACGAGUGCUGGAGUUGUCAUGGCUCCCCCUCCUCCUCCCCCAAUGGUCCCUGGUUGCCCACCACCUCCACCUCCACCACCCAUGGCUCCUGGUUGCCCACCACCUCCACCUCCACCACCCAUGGUCCCUGGCUGCCCACCUCCCCCAGGUUUCUCAGGCCCCUCAGCCACUGAUGGUCCUUCCCAAGCCAAGAAGAAGAGGACAGUGAAGCUCUUCUGGAAGGAGCUGAAGCAGCUGGAUGGCACUGUGGGGUCAGGAAGGUUUGGGCAGGCAACACUGUGGGCAUCCUUGCAAAACGUUGAGGUCAACACUGCCAAACUGGAGCAUCUCUUCGAGUCCCGUGCAAAAGAGAUGCCAGCUUCCAAGAAAGUUACUGAUGGAAAGAAAGUGGUGGUGGUGCUGGAUCCCAAGAGGAGCAAUGCCAUUAACAUUGGCCUCACAGUGCUGCCGCCUGUGCACAUCAUCAAGACAGCCGUGCUCAACUUUGAUGAGUUUGCAGUCAAUAAGGAAGGGAUUGAGAAAAUCCUGACCAUGGUCCCGACCGAGGAGGAGAAGCAGAAGAUCCAGGAAGCCCAGCUGGCCAAUCCUGAUGUGCCCUUGGGCUCUGCGGAGCAGUUCCUACUUUCAUUGUCCUCCAUCAGCGACCUGACGGCCAGGCUCCAGCUCUGGGCCUUCAAGCUGGACUAUGAGAGCCUGGAGCAGGAAAUUGCAGAGCCGCUGUUUGAUCUGAAAGUGGGCAUGGAGCAGCUGGCCAAAAAUCACACCUUCAAGUGCAUCCUGGCCACGCUGUUGGCCAUGGGCAACUUCCUGAAUGGCUCCCAGAGCAGAGGCUUUGAGCUGGGCUAUCUGGAGAAGGUGUCGGAGGUGAAGGACACGGUGCACCGGCAGUCCCUGCUCCACCACCUCUGCCAGAUGGUGGUGGAGAAGUUCCCAGAAACCACAGACCUCUACUCAGAGAUCGCCUCCAUCACCCGCUCUGCCAAGGUUGACUUUGACGAGUUGGCCAACAGCCUGGUGCAGCUGGAGCGGCGCUGCCGGGCCUCCUGGGACAACCUGAAGGUGAUCGCCAAGCACGAGGCCAAGCCAGUGCUGAAGAGCAAGCUGACCGACUUCCUCAAAGACAGCACCCAACGCAUCGUCGUCUUGAAGGUGGUGCACCGGCGUGUCCUCAACAGGUUCCACUCCUUCCUGCUCUACCUGGGGUACCCGGCGAGCGUUGUGAGGGAUGUGAAGGUGAUGCCCAUCUGCAAGCUGCUGCGGGAGUUUGCCCUGGAGUACCGCACAUGCCGGGAGCGCGUCCUGCAGCAGCAGAAGAAGCGUGCGGCCCACCGUGAGCGCAACAAGACGCGUGGCCGGCUCAUCACAGAGACCGAGAAGUUCUCUGGCAUCACCGAGGCAUCACCACCUGCCGUGGUGUCAACCAGUCCCGCACAGCAGGAGCAGGCAGAGGUGGGCCACGAGAGCAUGAAGAGCAUCCUGAGCUCGCCCACGGAUGUCCCUGCCCGCCGCAGUCGGGGUGGCCGCGUGACGGGGCUUGCCACCCCCAGCCAGGGCUCCCCAGCCCAGGAGGAUGUCCCCAGCUCACCCGACGACGCCUCGGAUGAGAUCAUGGACCGCCUGGUGAAGUCGGUGACACACAAUGCCAACCCCCGUCCCUGCCCCAGCCGGGAGCGCAGGAGGUCCCGUGGUAACAGGAAGUCCUUGCGACGGACACUGAAGAGCGGGCUGAGCGAUGAGCUGGUGCAGGCGCUGGGCUUGGGACAGGCACCGGGCAUGGAGGUGUGAUGUGACCACCUGCAUCCCAUGGGGAAGGACACGGGGACGCUUGGCACGCUCCGCACCUUUGGUCUCACCUUCAGCUCCAGAGCACGAUGGGAGCAAUGCUCCAGAGCUGCUCUGUGGGGUCAGGAUGGAGGAUGGAGGAGCACAUGCUGCAGUGGGAGUCGGAGCAGUAUUGAGGGGAGAGGGGCUGGACCCGGACCCCUGCUGGGAGCUGGGUCUGGCUGCUGUGACAAUAAAGUGAUGUGACGUGUGC